AAGCCAAUAUUCUCUCCUUUAUUAUUAUAGUUAUAGAAUAGAUUAUAGAUUGCUAGUAAUCCCAUAUGCAACGCAAGAAUACCAAUAAGCAACGGAGUGAUCAGAUAGGAGCUCUCUCAGCAUUGGGAGCUGAAAUGUAAUGGUUUUCUCAUAGGCCUACUGGAACGGUGGGUCUUUGAACUAUUUCCAUGAAGUUUUCUUGCCUAUUUGCGUUGUAAAGUGGAGAGUGCUGCAUUAUUGGCCUACAGAAUAGCCUCAGUUUGGAAUUGCUAUUUAUUUGAAUAUUUAUCAAGGCGGAAUAUAUUAUCCACUGGAUUCUAGCAUCAAGAUUCAAAAUGACUCUACGUUUGCCUCAAUUUGGAGAGAGCCUCUGUGGAUGCACAUUGAAGAGUGCAACUAAACUUAUUGGAUGGAUUUUACUAGUUCUCAGUAUUUUUAUUCUUUGGAUUCUUAUCAUCAUGAUCCUGGAUAACAAUACAAUUUUAAUCAGCGUAAUUUUUGGAAUUGAUUUGAUCGAGGAAACCCGAUGUUAUGGGAGAGAUCAAUGUUAUACUGAAACAAGGACUGUUGCUCCCUCUUUUGUGAAGCCUCUAACACUUUUCAUCGCCACCUCCCUGAUGAUUUCAAGUAUACUCAAUUCUCUCUUGCUGGUUGGAGUUUACAAUAAUCGUCCCAAAUUCAUAAAUGCUUGGAUUGUUGCCUUAAUGGUUGUAAUUGCCGUUGAUCUGAUCACUCUACUUUCGUCGGUCAUUGCAGAGCCAUACAAUCCCGUCUUAAGACUGGGAAUUCUAAACAUCAACGUCUAUUGCCUGCUUCUUGUGAACAGCUAUCAUCAGACAAUGAAGCAAGGACGUAUCAUUGCCGCUCCACUGCCUGCUUAUGACAACUGAAAAAAACAAAAUUGACUCGAAAAAUCAAUUCCAAGUUAAUUUUAAUUAAUUUUCUCACAAAUCUCAGAUUCCAAGUUAAUUGUGUGACGCAUACUGCUUCUUUUAUUAUUUACUAUUUUACUAUUUCAUUACAGUACUAAUUUGUUCUAUAUAGUGCACUAGCAAAUAGUUCAAAUGGAUAGUUUCACUAUGAAGCUAUAAAUAAAAAUAAUUAUCUGAGUACACUUAUAAAUUAUUUGUCGAACGUUUUAUGCUCAGCCAAUAAAGAUAUGCGUAUUUUUAUUUCAUACAAGUUUUCAUAUUUAUUUCAUGUAAGUAAGCACAGAAUACAGCAUUAUAAAAGUUUUCUCUGAUAUAAGUUAUAACAAACUAGUAGCCAAUUAGCCAAAACAUGUCGUGACAAAAUAAUUUAUAAGGGUACUCAGAUUAAUAUUUUUAUUUAUAUUAAAAUUAGCCCUAAAGAAAAAAGACAAUUAGUGAAGCUACCCUGGUGUACAGUUAAUAUAUCAAAUACGGUAAUUAUAUAGUAAUAUCUUGAUAUAGUAUGUAUCUGUAGCUUUUUGAGGCUAUUGCAUAUCGCCUAAUAAUUUUUACGUUUCUGAAUCAUUUUCGCGGUUCUAUAUAAUUUUGCCUUAUAAUUUUUACAAGUUUGAUAUUUAUGUUUCAAGAUCUAUAACAGAGUAGUCAACCAAGUUAGCCUUUACAUCAACGUGUUAACAUGGAAUACAUAUUAACACAGAAUACAGCAGAAGUUUUAUGAAAUGAAACUGAUAUAUAUUGUUCUAUAGAAAUUAUAGAAGUUUUCUCUGAUAUUAUAUAGACGUCAGAUUCACGUUAUAAAGUCAUUGAAAUUAUAUAGGACGACAUAGUUGCCAAUUUUCUGUUACCACCGCCUUCUAUAGUAGAAUCCUGGAUAGCUGAUUCAAUUUUUUCCUGUACGGUAUAUCUUAUCUAAUAUUAUUAUUGUUUAUAGAAUUAUAUAUUAUAGAAGUUUUCUCUGAUUUCCAGUUAGUCUUUUAUUUUCAUUAAGUUAGGUACUUUUCUCAUUAUCAUUCUAGUUUAUUAUACUACUUGAUUUUGAAAUAUUUAGUUUGUAGGUACUUGAAAAAUCAUUGGAAAGUAGAAGGAAAUCGCUCUACUGUACUUCUUUGAGUUAAAAUAUUGUAUAAGAAUAUUCUAGAUUCUGUCAUGGUUUCUGUUAAUGUGAAAGACUAAAUCUUGAUGAAAUAGGAUGUUCUCAAUAAAAGUUACAAAAACAUCGUA